AUGUCAUAUUUUCUUCCCCAUUUGACUAAUGGUUGGCAAGUAGAUCAAGCCAUCUUAUCUGAAGAAGAUCGUGUAGUCGUUAUUCGAUUUGGGCAUGAUUGGGAUCCUACUUGUAUGAAAAUGGACGAAACUUUAUACGGAAUUGCAGAAAAAGUGAAGAAUUUUGCUGUUGAUAUUACAGAAGUUCCCGAUUUUAAUAAGAUGUAUGAACUUUACGAUCCUUGUACUGUUAUGUUCUUUUUCCGCAAUAAACACAUCAUGAUAGAUUUAGGAACCGGUAACAAUAAUAAAAUCAAUUGGGCUUUGGAAGAUAAACAAGAACUUAUAGAUAUAAUAGAAACUGUAUACCGUGGAGCACGAAAGGGAAGAGGUUUGGUUGUGUCUCCCAAAGAUUACUCGACAAAAUAUAAAUACUAA